CGCGUAACGUAUCUUCCGACCACGUGUCGUUGGCCGAUUGCCUGGUCUGGGCCUUGGGCGAGGUUGUCCAGAGUCCGAUACCUCGCCCCCGCGACCUCCCAUUCCCACCCUCGGAGACCCAAAGCUGGUGCGAGGGUUAGCAAGAGUGCGCGCGGCGAAAAAUAAAGGACACAGUUUCCCACCCUCGAAUAUAGGAGAAGGUAGCAAGUGAGACAUAGAAGAGGAGGAGGAAAGAUGUCUUCGGCCGAAUCAACUCGUGAGGAGAAUGUGUACAUGGCCAAACUGGCCGAGCAGGCAGAGAGGUACGAGGAGAUGGUAGAAUUCAUGGAGAAGGUGGCAAAGACUGUGGAUGUGGAGGAGCUCAGUGUGGAGGAGCGCAACCUUCUGUCCGUGGCCUACAAGAAUGUGAUCGGGGCCCGCCGGGCCUCGUGGCGCAUCAUCUCCUCGAUCGAGCAGAAGGAGGAGAGCCGUGGGAACGAGGACCGUGUUUCCCUGAUCAAGGAGUAUCGUGGCAAGAUUGAAGCCGAGCUCAGCAACAUCUGUGAUGGCAUCCUGAAGCUGCUUGAUUCCCACCUCAUUCCCUCGUCCACUGUUGCUGAGUCCAAGGUGUUCUAUCUCAAGAUGAAGGGAGAUUACCACAGGUACCUCGCGGAGUUUAAGGCGGGGGCAGAGAGGAAGGAGGCUGCUGAGAGUACGCUGGUGGCUUACAAAGCUGCUCAGGAUAUUGCUCUGGCUGAACUGGCCCCAACUCACCCAAUAAGGCUUGGACUGGCACUUAAUUUCUCUGUGUUCUACUAUGAGAUCCUGAACUCCCCAGACCGUGCUUGCAGUCUUGCAAAACAGAUUUUCAGUAUUUUAAUAUCAACUCUAAUGAACUUGCUGAAAUUCAUUGAUCACGUCAUCUAUGUCUGUCAAGUGUGUAUGCCACAAUAAUAUGGAAGAUAUCAG